AUGGUCUCCGGAGAAUCGAAAAAAUUGUUCGGUGGGUACCGAAUAACACCAUCCCAGUGCAAGGCGUCAAGAGCAGCCAAAUAUAAUAAAGGCAACAAGAUAUGUAUGUUCAACCACGAAUGUGUGCAAAGAGGUGGAGAAGUCGUCGGAACUUGUAUGGAUGGGUUCCUCUUCGGAGCUUGUUGUCAGCUCAAAUCUGAUAGCCAAUCUCACAUUCCUAAAGGGCCCGGUGUAGUUAUGACUAGCUACUUAGACUAUCCUGAUGCAGAGUCCGAAACUGAUGACUACGACUCAGAUCAACUCAGUGCCUUACAUAAUAGUUUUAAGCCUGUAGUCACACCAGGCUAUAGACCUGGAGCAUCGUCAUCCACCGUAGCACCUGACGUGAAAACAACACAAGCAGAUGAUACAAAUAUUUCUGAAGGUCUCACGCAAAUCACAAAUUCGCUACUGAGCUUCCCACCUCAAGAUAGCAAUAUAUACAGUAAACCUAGUAAACCAAGUAGCAUUUACACACACAGUAGUAUAGAUCAUAAUAUGGCUGACACUAUCCUCUUUAACAAAAACGGUUCAAUAGCUGAUAAUGUAGUCAGACCAUCAGACUUUAACAUCCAAAUAUCUUCAAUGCAAACGAAACCAACGGUGAGCCCAAUGUCACCAAAGCCUACUACAACUCCUAAAACUGUAUCAACUCAUCACCCCGUAUACACUAAGCCAGUAUUCAAACCGAAACCAGUGAAUAAAAUUACAAUGAAAUAUCCUUCAACCGAAAACUAUGUAAUGGUUUCAACAGUCACCAAAGAAAGUCAAAAAAUAACAGAGUUAUCGUCGAUAGAUUCAAUCAUACAAAUGCUAAAUGAUAGUACUGCAAGUAUGAAAGAAGAAGUUACGUCACCUGCAUCGCUUGACGUAAUGGAAACUAAAUCAUCACCAUAUCCAACUGGAACAGUACCUCCUAUUACAUACAGCAGUAGCUAUCCAGAUUACGCAUCUUCAGGAUAUUACGUUACUGUGAAACCUACUGCAAAACCAUCAAAAGUAUCAUAUCCAACCAAAGUAUCUGCGUUGAUAACUAAGAAACCAAUAUAUCCUACAGCUACUAUUCGACCAAUAGUGGACAAAUCUACUACAAAACCAUAUUAUUCAUCUUCAAUUCCUAGUCAAUCUACCAGUCAAGAAAUAGAUGCUUUCAACAGGUAUCCUGCAGAUCCUGACAAUUUUGGUAGUUCUUUAACGACAUUUAGUUACGUUAGCUCAAGUACGACACCUCCUACUACUACUACAAGGAAACCUCCAUCAACUAGCUAUGUCACUGGAUCGAAACCUCUAAGAAGACCUGUUACACCACCGACUAGUUUAGAUACAAGUUAUGAUGUAGCUCCAGAUACGUUCUCCAGUGUCACACCAACAGUCAUUGUUUUGAAUGGUUUCCAGACAGCAAAACCAGAAUUAACAUCUCAGUCGGAGCCCGAGUUUGUAGAAAUCUCUCAAGAACCAUUCAAAAAACCCGUCAGCCAGAUAACUGUUAACAAUCACAUACAAUCGACAAACAACAUAUAUAUGGGCAAACCACCAAGCUAUGAACGUCCUGCAUCUCCCACUGUAGUCAUAACUCCUAAGCCUCCACCUAAUACGACUCCUUACCCAAUCAAAACAUCUACACGACCAGUCUUUUCGACAUCAACCACACCAAUCCCUAGCCUUGAAUCUUACACAGAGUAUUAUUCUCCAACUACUUUGAGACCCGAAUUACAGACUUCACCAGACGACUUAAUAAACUUCCCACCAGUUAGAAACCCCAUGCUUAACGCAACUGGUUCGAAUCCCGCAAUUUUCAAUACUAGCAUAGCUUUAUCUGACAAUGAAGUAGACUUAUUAGAAGCUGAAUUUACCACUCCCACGUGGCAAGAAGAUGAAAACCUAAACGAAAAAAUGAACUUGUUUGUCAACAAAAUUGUUGGCAGCCUUCAAGGUACUUUCCAAGAAUUACAUGAUAUAGUAAUUUUAGAUAAAAAGCCUAAUACUACAGUAAAUAAGGCGACUACGGCUAAGCCAAUUAAAAAACCUACAACAACUAAAAAACCUUUUCUGACGACUAAAAAACCACUUCGUAUCACUACGACAUCUAGAAAACCUACAGUGAAAACGACUAAAAAGCCGACUAGGUUAACAACUAUUUAUAAGGCUCCAACCACCACUACCCCCGCUCCUACAACCACAACAACUAAACAACCGGUCACGACUACGAAAAAAACAAAGCCGACUAAGAAGGUGACGUCGACUAUUGCCCCGACGACGACAGUUACUACGGAACUGGCUGACGAGGUUACUACAGAAUCAGUGAUAUAUGAACAUGUAGACUACAAUGAUAAAAAUUUGUGUGGUGUGCGACCUCUAGUCAAGACUGGCCGUAUAGUCGGCGGUAAGAAUGCACGGUUCGGUGAAUUUCCCUGGCAGGUCCUGGUUCGAGAGUCAACCUGGUUGGGUCUUUUUACGAAGAACAAAUGUGGUGGAGUUCUCAUCACCAGCAGAUUUGUUACGACAGCAGCUCAUUGUCAACCUGGUUUCCUUGCAUCCUUAGUAGCUGUUUUCGGAGAGAACGAUAUAUCAGGCGAUAAGGAGCCUAAAAAACCUGUCUCGAGAAACGUCAGGCGCGUGAUAGUACAUCGUCAGUAUGAUGCGGCUACCUUCGAGAAUGAUCUAGCAUUAUUAGAAUUAGAAUCUCCUAUAAAGUUUGACGCUCAUAUUGGUAAGAUAUUUAUUAAAUUUUAUGUAUAAGUUUUAUUGUGCAAUAAUUUACAAAGAUAUAUAUGUUUUCAGUUAAUUAGAGAUUUAGGUGUUUUGAAAAUAAAAGAGUUUAUAAGAAAUAGUUUUCUUCAAUAGUAAUUUAAUAGUAGAUGAGACGCUAUAAAACCAAAACUAUUUUAGCGAAUACUUGCUACUUUUAAUAGUCUUACUGUAUGUGAUAGAAUUGAUUUGUUUAAUGAACUUUUAUUGUUACAUGUUUUAAUCAUUGCAUUUUUUAGUUCUAUCUGUCUUUAAAUAUAUUGCUUUUUAAUUAAAUAUAUUUCUCAUGGUAUAGGCAAAAUAUAAAGAGUUUUUAUCUUAUUGCUUCCAGUGCCAAUUUGUAUGCCACCUGAUGAGGCUGAUUUCACCGGCCGAAUGGCCACUGUUACGGGCUGGGGUCGUCUCAAGUAUGGAGGAGGCGUUCCCGCUGUUUUACAGGAAGUCCAGGUCACUAUAAUAAACUACACAGAAAACCAAUAAAAUUGACAAAAUUCCAAAUAUAAAGAUGUUUAGCAUUUAAUAGUCAUGGAAACACAGCAAACACGUCAAGUUACCCCAAAAUGUCGACAGUUAUUAUAGGAAGAUAACAGCUUACUUAGGCUUAUGGAAAUUACUACUAGAUAGUGGCGUCACUUAGAAUAAACUAUUCGUUUUUAUUCUUUAUGCCAUCUAGUGUUAAUAUCAAUCAUCAAAAUGACUGUAGUAAAUUAUUAAAAUAAAGCUGUGGGUUCUGAUUUACUAUCAUGGCAUCUAAUAAAACCAAACACAAAAGAAAACAUCAACUAUAAACUCCUCAAAGUUAGUGUUAUCAGCAACAAAUAUUGUGGAUCAAUUUUUCUUUUGCUUUCUAGGAUUGAAGUUAUUUGUCAAUACAUAUAUAAAAUAAAAAACCUAAAUUAUGCUAUGUUAAUUUUUGUGCAUCAUAUUUAAUAAUAUCUGUCUAUUCAAAACAUCGUCAGUUGUGAUUGAUACCGAUGAUAUUUUAUAACUAUAUUAAUUUAAGCAUCGAUUUUCUCCAGGUUCCAGUGAUAGAGAAUAGCGCCUGCCAAGAAAUGUUCCAGACAGCCGGACAUUCCAAGAAGAUUCUAAGCUCAUUUAUAUGCGCAGGAUACGCGAACGGACAGAAAGACUCAUGUGAAGGUGAUAGUGGUGGGCCACUAGUUCUACAAAGAGAAGAUGGCAGGUGGCAAUUAGUGGGAACUGUAUCACAUGGCAUCAAAUGUGCUGCUCCAUUUUUACCAGGCGUUUAUAUGAGGACCACAUUCUAUAAGCCAUGGCUGAAGAGUAUUACCGGAGUCCAUUGAAGAGGAGAAAGGAAGAUUGUGUUACCAAUUUUGUGAUCUGAUCGGGCAGUUUCUUUGAGAUCGAAUUAGAUUUUUUUUAUGUUAGUACCAUGGGUACCCUGCCCUUAGUACCCUAGGAUGAAAUAUUUAUGACAGAAAAUGGCAUAUGAUCUAAUCUGUUUCAUUAAAGCAACUAUUAUAUAAAAAAUAAUAAGUCAAUUUUAUAAAAAAUGUUCAGAAAGAACAAUAAAAGUAAUUGAAUAUUUAAGGGUCAAUACGACAAACAGAAUUGAUUUAAAAAAAUAUACAUUUAAAAAGCUCUCUAAGCUCUUAAAAUGUUAUCGAAUGUAAUCGAUUGGAAAUUAAUUAUUUAAUGUAUUAUCAAGAGCUCUCAACAAUUAAAGUAAACUCUAUACCUGAAAGUAUUUACCUUCAUCAUUUGAUAAUUUGCUCACACAUCUGCACGACAGUGUACCACAAAUGUCAAAUUUCCGUAAGUGAUUUUGACUCUACUCUACUUAAAUUAAGGUUCAAAAUCAAGUGGAUAAAAUCUAUACUAUACAAAACUGUCAUUGUAUAGUCUGAUGCACUGUUGACUUUACAUUGAAAUUGCAUUUAUUUACAUAAUAGUAUUAAAUUUAUUUUUAAGACUUACGGAAUUCUAUUGGGUUAAUGAUAUCGUUCGUUUGGGACCAAUUCUCUGAUUAAAUAUUUUUAAUGGUUUUCAAAAUAUUAACUCAAUGAAUUUGUAAAGUUCUUUGUUAAAUCAUCGGAUUUUUAUGUUGACUGUAAAGUAUAUUC